AGAAAUCAAAGCUCAAUAGAGGGAUGAGGACCAAGCUGGGCCCCUCGGCGCGGCUGCAGGGGCGCUGGGGAGGGGGCGCACCGAGGCCCCCACCUCCUCCCUCUGCCUCCCCAGGAGGCCGCGCCCUGGCGGCGCUGCUGGUCUCCUGGGCGGCGCUGGGCCCCUGCACCCUGGCAGGCACGGAGCCCGGGGCGCCAUCGGACGCCGAGGGCCUGCCGUGCCCGGCUGCCUGCUCCUGCGGCCACGACGACUACACGGACGAGCUCAGCGUCUUCUGCAGCUCCCGGAACCUCACGCAGCUGCCCGACGGCAUCCCAGACGCCGCCAGGGCCCUGUGGCUGGACAGCAACAACUUCUCCUCCGUCCCCGCGGGGGCUUUCCGCAACCUCUCCAGCCUGGGCUUCCUCAACCUGCAGGGCAGCGGCCUGGCCAGCCUGGAGCCGCAGGCGCUGCUGGGCCUGCAGAACCUGUACCACCUGCACCUCGAACGGAACCAGCUGCGCAGCCUGGCGGCCCACACCUUCCUGCACACGCCGGGCCUGGCCUCACUCGGCCUCCACAACAACCUGCUCAGCCGGGUGGAGGAGGGCCUCUUCCAGGGCCUGACCAACCUCUGGGACCUCAACCUGGGCUGGAACAGCCUGGCCGUGCUGCCUGACACUGCGUUCCAUGGCCUGGCCAACCUGCGGGAGCUGGUGCUGGCCGGCAACAAGCUGACCUACCUGCAGCCCGCGCUCUUCUGCGGCCUGGGCGAGCUGCGCGAGCUGGACCUGAGCAGGAACGCCCUGCGGAGCGUCAAGGCCAACGUCUUCGUCAAGCUGCCCAAGCUCCAGAAGCUGUACCUGGACCACAACCUGCUGGCCGCCGUGGCCCCGGGCGCCUUCCUGGGCAUGAAGGCCCUGCGCUGGCUGGACCUGUCCCACAACCGCGUGGGGGGCCUCCUGGAGGACACGUUCCCCGGCCUGCUGGGCCUGCAUGUCCUGCGCCUGGCGCACAAUGCCCUCGCCAGCCUGCGGCCCCGCACCUUCAAGGACCUGCACUUCCUGGAGGAGCUGCAGCUCGGCCACAACCGCCUCCGGCAGCUGCCCGAGAAGGCCUUCGAGGGCCUGGGCCAGCUGGAGGUGCUCGCGCUCAAUGACAACCAGAUCCAGGAGAUCAAGGCAGGCGCCUUCCUGGGCCUCUUCAACGUGGCCGUCAUGAACUUGUCUGGCAACUGCCUGCGGAACCUGCCGGAGCAGGUCUUCCGGGGCCUGGGCAAGCUGCACAGCCUGCACCUGGAGCACAGCUGCCUGGGCCGCGUCGGCCUGCACACCUUCGCCGGCCUGUCGGGGCUGCGCCGGCUUUUCCUCAAGGACAAUGGCCUCGAGGCCAUCGACGAGCAGAGCCUGUGGGGGCUGGCGGAGCUCCUGGAGCUGGACCUCACCGCCAACCGGCUCACGCACCUGCCCGGCCGGCUCUUCCAGGGGCUCGGCAAGCUGGAGUACCUGCUCCUCUCCCGCAACCGGCUGUCGGCGCUGCCGGCGGACGCGCUGGGGCCCCUGCAGCGCACCUUCUGGCUGGACGUCUCGCACAACCGCCUGCAGGCGCUGCCCGAGGCCGUGCUGGCGCCGCUGGGGCAGCUGCGCUACCUCAGCCUCAGGAACAACUCGCUGCGGACCUUUGUGCCGCAGCCCCUGGGCCUGGAGCGCCUGUGGCUUGAGGGCAACCCCUGGGACUGCGGCUGCCCCCUCCGGGCCCUGAGGGCCCUCGCCCUGCAGCACCCGGCCGUCGUGCCCCGCUUCGUGCGGGCUGUGGCGGAGGGGGACGACGACCGGCAGCCGCCUGCCUACGCCUACAACAACAUCACCUGCGCCAGCCCCCCGGCUGUGUCUGGCCUGGACCUGCGCGACCUCAGCGAGGCCCACUUUGCCCACUGCUGACCCGCGUGCUCAGGAGACCUGCUGGGUCCCGCCCCCAGCGGACCCCGGCCUGGGGCCGGACCCGGGCCCUGUGGUGUGGCCCCCAGCCGGGUCCCAGAGGGCCAGCCCUCCCCACCCGUCCCCGAUUAAAAGCAACCUGAUGAA